AAACUGUUUCUGUCAUUAAUGAGUGCUCAAGUAUUUAAUAAAUAAAAACGGCUUGUCUUGACCUAGUAUCUUUACGAGUGAGUAAAAAAAGGUUAUUUACCAAAAGAUAUAUAAAAGUGAAAAUCAUAUAGAUUUGUAAGUAUAGUCUCUACGUGUUUACAGACUUCAUCAGAGUUAAUCACUGAGUAUCCACUGAAGCAUAACACUUCGUGAAAAAUGAUAGCGAAUUUUUUCAAGCUACUUUUAAAAACUGUUGCAGCAGUGAUGUGUUUCAAUUAUGCAGUGGCAUACAGAACCAGUAGAGGGGAUGAAUCCAAAGAUUUUCCUCAAGAUUCAUUGGCAUCCUUAUGUCACAUAGAUCCAAAAAUUGUCAAGAAUGUUCUUCAGAGUCUAAUUGGUGAUCAUUUGGAUUAUGAAAUGUUAAUCAAUACUUGGUUACAAAACUGCCUUGAUUCAAGACGAGAAAUUUUGCAGAAGCGUCCGUACUACGGUUGAAGGCAAAUAGAUUGAAGACUAACUAAACAAAUCCGCGAUUAAUGCAUUUCCUUACUGAAAUAUACAAUGAUUAAAUACACAGAGUAUACUCUUCACUUCAAAAGGAUGAUCAAAGCACUCCUUUUAGAGCACACCAAUUAAACUGAAGUGUAAUAAAUUUUUUCGAGAAUAUAAAACGGCGCAAUUCAUAUAUUAAAA